UAGUUUUAUUGUGUCCAGUAAGGACAGCUGAAUGAGUCGACAUCAGUGUGUUAGAGACUGAGAUCUGCAUCACUCACACAAGAGAAAUCACAAACACCAGCACCACAAACUACAGCUCAGACAAUCUAUAAUUCUUAGAAAUAAACCCAGGAAAAAACAUCAAUAAAAAUGGGAAAAGCAGAAUCAAAACCUGAAUCGCCUGGCACGGAAUUAGAAACACCAUGGAGAACAUUUGAUUGGAACCAAAAGAAAGAGCUGAUACAAAAGCUGGAGAAGUUCUCUGUGAAAAAUCCAGAUGUAAGAAACGUCAGGAUCCUGCUAGCUGGACAAAUUGGAGCAGGAAAGUCCAGCUUCAUAAACUCGGUCAACAGCGCCUUUCAAGGAAAGAUUGUUAAUGAAGCGCUUGCUGGUUCAACUGUUGGUGCGAGUCACAGUUUGACCCCAAAACUCAACACGUAUCAAAUCAAAAAUAAACGUGAAGAGGUGUUGCCUUUUGUCAUCAGUGAUAUGAUGGGCUUAGAAGCUGAAACGUUAUCUGGGUUACAAGUAGAUGACAUCAUCAACACCAUAAAUGGCCAUGUGAUAGAGGACUAUAAAUUCAAAGAAAGCAAAGCAAUCACUUCUGAAGAUGCACAUUACAACCAAACCCCUUCGGUCUCUGACAAGACUUGCUGCCUUGUUUACGUCAUCGCUGCAGAUUCAGUCAAUUUAAUAAAAGCACAAAUUUUUGAUAAGCUGAAGAUUGUCCGUAAGAGAAUCAGUGAAAAUGGGAUUCCUCAAGUGAUUGUCAUGACCAAAGUUGAUGAAGCAUGUCCACUGGUGAAGAAAGAUCUGAAGAAGAUCUACACUAGCCAGAGGAUCAAAACCCUGAUGGAGAAAUGCAGUAUUGAAGUGGGUGUACCGAUGAGCAACAUCUUCCCAGUGAAGAACUACCAUGAGGAGAUUGACACAAAUGAUGAAGUUGAUGUUCUGAUUUUAAAGGCAGUUGAUCAGAUUGUGCAUUCGGCUAAAAGAAAAGUGGAAAAAGGUGCUUUAAACUGAUGGGAAAUUAAAGCAUCUUAUGUACACUUUCUGGCUAUAUUCUCUGAAGUGCACAGUCUAUUCAGUUUGCACAUUCAGUUUGCAGCCUUAUAAUCUACACUGAAAAAACAGUUUGUUAAAUCAUACCUAAAAACAGCCUUAAGUAAAAUAGAAAUAUGCUGUACUAACAAAUGAUUAGUUAGUGAAGUGCAUUUAACAUCUUUUUUUAUUUGACUGUAAUAAGAUAAGUCAAAAUGUAUUUUAUGCUUCUUAGUUUUUUAGUGUAAAGAUUUGCAGCAGUAUUUACUGCUGUUGUUUAUAAAUAAUCGCAAUAUAAGGCUUCAUGAUUAUGCUCAUUGUUUAUAUGGAGCUGGUGUAUUGGCGCUGGUGUAUAUGACUAACAUCAUAGUCUUGCUUAGAUGUGUUUUUCUCCCAAGUCCCUAUACUUUUCUUCACUUGUUUUAUCGUUCCUGUCACAUUCACAUUUCUCUGGCUGGGGUUGAAUAAACUAUUAUAUUAUCGUAUAUACAUUAGUGUAAUCUUUAUUUUAGUUGCAUUAUUAUUGUGCUUGGCCACAGCUAUGAUGA